CACAAGCGCUCAUUGUCAGAUGAGUUUGAGCCGUCGCCGCCGCUGCUGUGUAAUAGCAGUCGAUCGCUCCUCGCUCGCACUGUUUCAUUGAGCGUGAAAUAAACUUUAUUCUUCUUCUCGCUGAUUGUGUGUUGAAAUCGUUGUGCUGGAGGAGAUCCGGUGACAGUCACAGACAGACAUGAUCACUUCAGCCGCUGGUAUCAUUUCCCUCCUGGAUGAAGACGAGCCGCAGCUCAAGGAGUUUGCUCUACAUAAACUAAACUCCAUUGUCAAUGACUUUUGGGCUGAGAUUUCAGAGUCUGUAGACAAAAUCGAGGUCCUGUAUGAGGAUGAGACGUUUUGUAGCAGAGAGUUUGCUGCACUGGUGGCUUCUAAAGUGUUUUACCACCUCGGAGCUUUUGAGGAGUCUUUAAACUACGCCCUGGGCGCUGGAGAUCUCUUCAACGUCAGUGACAAUUCAGAAUAUGUGGAGACUAUUAUUGCCAAGUGUAUCGAUCAUUACACCAAACUGCGUGUCGAGAACGCCGAGCUGCCAGAGGAUGAGGAGAAGAAAAGCAUUGAUCCUCGUCUGGAGGGAAUUGUCAACAAGAUGUUCCAGCGCUGCUUAGGAGAUCACAUGUACAAACAAGCCAUCGGCAUCGCGCUGGAGACCAGACGCUUGGACAUCUUCGAGAAAACCAUCCUGGAAUCUAACGACAUUGGUGGUUUGCUGGCCUACAGCCUGAAGAUCUGCAUGUCCCUCAUGCAGAACAAGAAGUUUCGUAACGACGUUCUCAGAGUUCUCGUCAAGCUGUACAUGAACCUAGAGAAGCCUGACUUCAUUAACGUUUGCCAGUGUCUGAUUUUCCUCGACGACCCUCAAGCUGUGAGCGAUAUAUUGGAGAAGCUUGUCAAAGAGGAUAACCUCCUGAUGGCAUAUCAGAUCUGCUUUGACCUGUAUGAGAGCGCCAGCCAGCAGUUCCUGUCUUCUGUCAUUCAGAACCUGCGGACCGUAGGCACACCCAUCCCUGCGGUGCCCGGAUCCACCAACACCGGCACUGUGCCCACCCAAGAGAAAGACAGUGAUGCCAUGGAGACGGAGGAUAAAGCUGGCAGUUCUCCAGCUGGAAAAGCUGCAAAUGUGAAGGGUGAGCCGAAAGACCAGAACUCAAAAAUGAUCAAAAUAUUAAGUGGUGAAAUGGCCAUUGAGCUGCACCUUCAGUUCCUCAUUCGAAACAACAACACAGACCUGAUGAUUCUCAAAAACACAAAGGAUGCGGUGCGAAAUUCGGUGUGUCACACAGCAACGGUCAUAGCAAACUCAUUCAUGCACACGGGAACAACUAGUGACCAGUUUCUACGAGAGAAUUUGGAGUGGCUGGCAAGGGCAACUAACUGGGCCAAAUUCACAGCAACAGCCAGUCUUGGUGUCAUUCACAGGGGCCAUGAAAAGGAAGCACUACAGUUAAUGGCGACUUACCUGCCCAAAGACACCUCACCUGGAUCAGCCUAUCAGGAAGGAGGAGGGCUAUACGCUCUCGGACUGAUCCAUGCUAACCACGGAGGGGACAUCAUUGACUACCUUCUGAGCCAGCUAAAGAGUGCCAGUAAUGAUAUUGUUCGACAUGGUGGCGCUCUGGGUCUCGGGUUAGCUGCCCUGGGCACUGCUCGCCAAGAUGUCUACGACCUGCUCAAAUCAAACCUCUAUCAAGAUGACGCAGUAACAGGAGAGGCGGCUGGUCUUGCUUUGGGACUGGUGAUGUUGGGCUCAAAGUCAGCCCAGGCCAUUGAGGACAUGGUGGGCUACGCUCAGGAAACCCAGCAUGAGAAGAUCCUGCGUGGACUGGCUGUUGGCAUCGCAAUGGUGAUGUACGGAAGGAUGGAAGAGGCCGAUACUCUAAUUGAGAGUCUGUGUAGAGAUAAGGACCCCAUCCUGCGCCGGUCGGGAAUGUACACAGUGGCCAUGGCGUACUGCGGCUCUGGGAAUAACAAAGCCAUCCGACGACUGCUACAUGUGGCUGUAAGUGACGUGAACGACGAUGUUCGGAGGGCUGCUGUGGAGUCCAUUGGAUUCAUUUUGUUCAGGACUCCAGAACAAUGUCCCAGUGUGGUUUCUCUGCUGUCUGAGAGCUACAAUCCUCACGUCCGCUGCGGUGCUGCAAUGGCUCUGGGCAUCUGUUGUGCUGGCACUGGGAACAAGGAAGCAAUCAAUCUCCUGGAGCCCAUGACCAAUGACCCAGUGAAUUACGUAAGACAGGGCGCGCUGAUCGCCUCGGCUUUGAUCAUGAUCCAGCAGACGGAGGUCACCUGUCCAAAGGUGAACCAGUUUCGACAGCUCUACUCAAAGGUGAUCAAUGACAAGCACGAUGACGUGAUGGCCAAAUUCGGCGCCAUCCUGGCUCAGGGCAUCCUGGAUGCAGGUGGUCGUAACGUGACGAUCUCUCUGCAGUCACGCACAGGCCACACCCAUAUGCCAUCUGUGGUGGGUCUUUUGGUCUUCACCCAGUUUUGGUUCUGGUUCCCGCUCUCUCACUUCCUGUCUCUGGCCUUCACACCCACAGCUAUCAUCGGCCUCAACAAGGAUCUGAAGAUGCCGAAGGUGCAAUAUCGAUCCAACUGCAAGCCCUCCACCUUUGCUUACCCUCCACCCUUGGAAGUGCCAAAGGAGAAGGAAAAAGAGAAGGUUUCCACCGCCGUUCUGUCCAUCACGGCUAAAGCCAAGAAGAAGGAAAAGGAGAAGAAAGAGAAGGAAGAGGAAAAGAUGGAAGUGGAAACACUGGCAGAAGCAGAGAAAGAAAAGAAAGACGAGGAGAAGAAGGAGAAAGAGAAGGAGAAGGAGAAGGAGAAAGAGAAAGAGAAGGAAAAAGAGAAAGAAAAAGAAAAAGAAAAGGAAAAGAAAAAAGAGCCAGAGCCAAACUUCCAGAUGUUGGAGAACCCAGCUCGUGUCUUGCCCGCCCAGCUCAAGGUCCUCACUAUGCCUGACAGCUGCAGAUACCAGCCCUUCAAACCUUUACACACGGGUGGCAUCAUCAUCUUGAAAGACACCAGUGAGGAAGAGGAGGAGCUUGUGGAGCCCGUGUCUGCCCAUGGCCCUAAGAUCGAGGAGGAAGAACAGGAGCCCGAGGCCCCAGAACCCUUCGAAUACAUAGACGAGUGAGAUACGCCACCUUACAGGUGGUGUUAUGAAUUCUGCGUGUUCACAGCAUGCAUGUCUACUCAAAUGCCCACCCCUUUUCCUUUUUUACGUUUUUUCCUCCACUUGGCCUGCCGUGGGCACUUGAGGGAUGUUUUACACAAUGGUUUUCAGUUAUUACAAUAAAUAUAUAUGUUGAACAUGA